GAUUUGGUCAAAACCGCAGAGGCUCCCAACCAUCCCCCUCUCCCCAAGACCAAGUCGAUACCCGUUGUCGUGACAUCGCAAAAACACCGUCACAAUGGCUCGCCGUCCCGCCCGCUGCUACCGCUACUGCAAGAACAAGCCGUACCCCAAGUCGCGGUUCAACCGUGGUGUGCCCGACCCCAAGAUCCGCAUCUUCGAUCUCGGCCGCAAGCGUGCCACCGUCGAUGACUUCCCGCUCUGCGUCCACCUCGUCUCCAACGAGUAUGAGCAGCUGAGCUCCGAGGCCCUUGAGGCUGCUCGUAUCUGCGCCAACAAGUACCUCGUCAAGACGGCGGGCAAGGAAGGUUUCCACCUCCGCGUCCGUGCCCACCCGUACCAUGUCGUCCGCAUCAACAAGAUGUUGUCCUGCGCCGGUGCCGAUAGACUGCAGACUGGUAUGCGUGGUGCGUGGGGCAAGCCUAACGGCACUGUCGCCCGUGUCAACAUUGGCCAGAUUCUCAUGAGCGUGCGCACUCGUGACUCCAACCGCGCCUUUGCCCUCGAGGCCCUCCGCCGCUCCCAGUACAAGUUCCCUGGUCGCCAAAAGAUCAUCAUCUCUAAGAACUGGGGUUUCACCCCCCUCCGUCGUGAGGAGUACCUGGAGAAGAAGGCUGCUGGCCGCGUCAAGGUGGAUGGUGCCUACGUCCAGUUCCUCAGCAACCACGGCAACCUCGAGGAGAACAUGAAGCGCUUCCCGGAGGCCUUCAGCGCCUAGAGGAGCCUUGUGGGAGAGGAGGAAUGGUUGUCUGGCUUUUAGGGUGGCGUAAACGGUCAUUUUAGGGCUGAAACGAGGGCAUGUUAACUAACAUCGUGGUCUUGAUUCGGCAUAGUCAAUGGAACCAUUCAAGCACAGUGGUUCUCAAUGGACAACAGGACAGUGCAUCCUCGUUUCUCGGCUGUGUUCCUGGUGUCUUUGCGCGAGACGCUGUUUUGGUGCCUGAAUGGAACACUCCCAUACCGCCGCUGUCCUACAGAACAUCCCCUCAACAGCCAAAUGGGGUGGAAGGAUGGGGUUGGGCGACAGAAGUCCGGGUGAGGCAAGGACGAGGCGAUCGUAGUUGUUGCCGCCUAGAGGAAAAGGCCGGCUGCGCCGGGUGAGUUCGGGUGUGAGAUGUUGCUGACAGUUACACGUGAAAGUUGAAGGCCGAUGGUGCCGGAAGGAACCGAGCCAGCAUGAUCGCAAAGCAAAGGCGCAGAUCCGACAUCAGCAGUGCUCUCAGGAAGAGUCUUUGGUGCACAGAAUGCGGACAAUCCCGAAUCAUCAGCCUGCGAUAUCCUGUCGUUUCGGGGACAGUGCCUUUCUCCUUGCUGCUGUUCAUGCGUGUAGUGCCCCAUGUUUUCCAUCACCCGGUUGGGAAUCAAUUGCAUCUCUGAAUCGCGCUAGUUGGAUAUCAGGUAGAUGAUGAGUGGAACUAGCUGGGAGACACCGCUCUCAUGGAGUCAAGAGGCACAUAGCGGACUCAGCACCCAAUAGCUCAUUACGAUAAGCUAGAUAAUACGUACAGGCUUCCUGGUC